AUGAAGCCAGAGCAGGUUGCUCAGCAUUUUAACCAGCUUAGGCUUGACACCCUCCAAGGACAGAGGCUGCACAACUCCACAGACAACCUGCUCCAGUUCCUGACUGUCCUCAUGGCUGAGCCAGCCCCAGUCCCUCUGCUCCCUCACGGGGAAAGGGCUCCAGCCCCAACCGUCUUGGUGGCUGCUGCUGAACUCACUCCAGUUUAUCAAGGCUUUUUUAUACUGGGAGACAAGCGCCAGUCUGGAAGCCUCUGCUGCCAGUGCGGCGUGCCCAUCCCGCCCAACCCGGCCAACAUGUGCGUGGGGUGCCUGCGGGCGCAGGUGGACAUCACCGAGGGCAUCCCCAAGCAGGGCACCCUCCACUUCUGCAAGCAGUGCGAAAGGUAUCUUCAGCCUCCAGGAACCUGGAUUCAGUGUACCUUAGAAUCAAGAGAGCUUCUCGCUUUGUGUCUUAAAAAAAUCAAAGCUUCACUGAGCAAGGUCCGGCUGAUUGAUGCAGGCUUUAUUUGGACUGAACCACAUUCUAAGAGGCUGAAGCUGAAAUUGACUGUUCAGAAAGAGGUGAUAAAUGGAGCGGUUCUUCAGCAAGCAUUUGUGGUGGAAUAUAUAAUUCAGUCUCAAAUGUGUGAAGACUGUCAUAGGAUUGAAGCUAAGGAUUUCUGGAAAGCUGUAGUGCAAGUCAGACAAAAGACUCUGCACAAGAAGACUUUCUACUAUUUGGAGCAGCUGAUUUUAAAACACAGGCUUCAUCAAAAUACACUUCGCAUCAAAGAAAUCCAUGAUGGCCUGGAUUUUUAUUAUUCUUCAAAGCAACAGGCCCAGAAGAUGGUAGACUUUCUUCAGUGUACAGUUCCAUCUAGAUCAAAAUCAUCCCAACGUUUGAUCUCACAUGAUAUUCAUAGUAAUGUCUACAAUUACAAAAGCACUUUCUCUGUGGAAAUUGUUCCAAUAUGCAAGGACAAUGUUGUAUGUCUGUCACCAAAACUGGCACAGAGUCUUGGUAACAUGAGCCAGAUCUGUGUGUGCAUUAGAGUAACAAGUACCAUCCACCUCAUCGAUCCUAGCACUCUGCAGAUUGCUGAAAUUGACGGAAAUACCUACUGGCGCCACCCUUUCAAUAGCUUGUUCCACCCAAAACAACUAGAGGAAUUUAUCAUUAUGGAUAUCAAUAGGGUUCAAGAAAAGAAAAAAGGUGCAGGUGCAGGGGCAAGAUCAAACAAGCAUACACUGGCUGAAGCCUGGGUACAGAAAACCUCGGAGUUGAAUACAGAUCAUCAGUAUUUCUGCUGUACUCACUUGGGGCACAUUCUGAAUCCUGGCGACCUUGUCUUGGGAUUCGACUUGGCGAACUGCAACUUAAAUGACGAGUUUGCCAAUAAGAUGAACCCACACAGUAUUCCUGAUGUGGUAUUAAUAAAGAAAAGCUAUGACCGUACCAAACGCCAGCGUCGCAGAAACUGGAAGCUGAAAGAGCUAGAAAGGGACAGAGAAGGCACGGAUACAGACGAUGAAAGACAAUACCAGGACUUCCUUGAAGAUCUCGAAGAAGAUGAAGCCAUAAGGAAGAAUGUCAACAUUUACAGAAAUGCAGAUGUUCCAGUGGAGAGCGACACGGAUGAUGAUGGUCCUCCGCGAAUCAGUCUGGCAGAAAUGCUAGAGGAUCUCCAUAUUUCCCAGGAUGCCACUGGUGGGGAAGGAGCAAAUAUGAUGACAGAAUAAGAAUAGUGCACUAGUCAAUGCAAUAAAUAUUCCCUUAGUGAGGAAAAAGUACCCAAAACAUAAGUAAACAUUACAAACUGAUCACAUGAACGUGAAAAGUACACCCCUAAAUAAUGGUCCUAAAUUAAUAUUUUAUAUAUACGCUUCUAGAGAAUCAGCAAUUAAAUUUCUGGUGCAAGCAUUGCGAUAUAAGUUCAACAAGUUCCUCCCAUCCCUAAGUGCUCUCUCCUUGCAACUUCUGCAGUGUAAAGCACAGCUGACUAACUGCAGGGUUAUCCAUGCGGAGUAAUCAUUGUCUUGUGCUGAAGACAGCUGAUAAGGAAAGAUGUCCAAAGGGAGAGAUUUUAUUCUAGUUUGCUAGAUUUGUAGGUAAAGUACCUACCUACUGUUUAUUGCUUUCAUUUCUUCACAUGGGAAGGAUUUUUCCUGUCUUAAUCUUUUUGGUUCAGUGGUUUGAAGCCUUUUAUGAUACUGCUAGAUUAUUCAAUAUAACAAUAUUUGGGGGAAGCUCAAGAAUGUAUCUUCUGCUCCUUUGGUAAGGGAACUCCAAAUACACGUUUACACGAAGAAGCUUCCCUGUAAAUUGAUUGAAGAUGCAGCCCUUGAUCAGAAAGAUUGCAAACUUGUGUUAAGUAUAAUGAAUAUUGUAUUGUACUAUAUUCCAUGCCUGUACUAGUGGAUUAAAAGCAAUAUGCAUAAUGUCUAAUUAAUACACCAGAUAGGAACUAUUAAAAAAUUAUUCAGAUGGUUUUGGUCCAUCAUUUUUUAGUUAACUUUAAAAUCAAUUUUCUCUCUACUGCAAGCCCAAAGAGGACAUAAGUGGUGUAGGAGGACAUUACAUACUUAUAUUAAUCUGAUUUUAAUUCACUUUACUGCACAAAGGUGGUUUAACAGAAAUUUUACUAAGAGUUUAUGUGCAUAUACAUUUGAUUUAACUCAAUAUAAAUAGGGAAACAUAGCAUAGUGGGAGUGGUUUUGCCACUGCAUUUUUUUAACUUGAGGAAAAAAUGUUCAAAAUAAAUGGCAUAUGUAAAGGAGGGAAAUACUAAUGUAAAGUUGGAAGAAAAUAGAGAUGUGUAGGAUUCCUCUAACAGGGUAUUAAUGAUUCCUCUAUCAAGGAUCUGUAUAGCUCAAAUGAGAACACUCGAGGCAGUUUGUCACCGCUUGUGUGCUUGUAAGAGAAACACACAGGGCUGGAAAUUCACUAUUUCUCUGCAGUAUCCACUGAGGAGGUGUCGGGAGCACCUUUCUCUAUUUCACCGUACUACACAGCUUUCCAAGGCCUUAAAGAAAAGCUAAGAAACAGUCAAGGAGUUAGCAGUGUUCAGCCCACUGCCAGGUGAGAGAAAUUUUUGCCUCAUUCUUUAGUUUAAUCUUUUGACUAAGUGCUUCCAGACGGUGUGAAUCCACUGGAUUUCGGGCUUACUGUAUGAGCCCAGGCAAUAUGCCAUAGAAGGCAAAGGUAUUUUUGAUUGUAGAAGGUGGAGCUAGGUUUAGUUAUCAGUUAUUCAUACUUUUUUUUUUUAUUCUGUCUCAUAAUUUUGUAAUCAUCCAUUUGUAAAGGGGGAAAAACGGAAAUUUGGAAAGGCAGUUUUGAUGUAGCGAAGCUCUAAGCCAUCUGUUGGCGUUAGCAGCUCAGCCAUCCCUUAGUGCCAUCUUUUACUGUGUGUUUGUGUCACACCAAGCUCUUUUGCUUCCACUUUCAGGAGCUUUGUCAUAUUUUUUUACUGUGUAGAAGAGCAGUUAAGAAAAAUCCAUAAAGCUGCUGAGAACUAAAGGUACAAUUUAUCUCAUGAGAGUAAUUUAGUUCAGUAUAGGGAAGGCAUAAAACCGUGCUUAAGAAAUAUUCAUCAGAAUGCAGCUGCGUAGCUAACCUGGAUUAUCACUACAAUAAAAAUGUUUUAUUACACAUAUUUUACAGUAGCUACACCUGCCAGUAGUGCUGGGGAGAUGUAGAUAAACUCAGUUCUAGUGACCAUUGGGCCAAAUCUGUGGAAAUUUAAGAACUUUAAUUUGUAACCUGUAGCCAAUGAAUGCAUUGUGUGUCUGGAUGAGAUGUGUUUUGGAUUGUGAUUUUUCUGACAGGUAAAAAUGAUCAAGCCUUUAUCUUACAUAGUUUGGUAAUAAGCUUCCUGUUGUUGACAGGUGAAGGGGGAGUAAUAAAAGCUUGAUUUAAACUG